AUGGAGUUGACGCCUCUUCGACGAGAUGCGGAGCCACUGAUGCAUUCUGGCGAUAAUGCAAGCAAGAGCAAAGAUUAUCAUGAAUUCAGACAUCCAGACAUUCAAUCAGACUGGAACAAGCCGAAGUCAUUUAAAGAACGGUUCGCUGGUUGGAGGCGCACACUUUUGGUAGGAUGUGUGAUUUCCGUGGUUGUGCAUGUCUUCAAUCUAGGCUUUGCCUUAUGGGCCGUUCAGCAUCGCCAUGUUCAAAACGGCCAAGGAGUCCUCUACGCGGGGGACUGUAAGAAGGUCCGGAACGCUGGUAUAGGCUUUCAUUUGAUGAUUAACAUUUUAAGCACUGCUCUCUUGGGUGCAAGCAACUACUGUAUGUUUUGGGUGCACCAACGAGGACAGGUCGAUACAGCUCACCAAAACGGACAAUGGCUCGACAUUGGUGUAUUGAGUGUGCGGAAUUUGUCCGAAAUAGCCAAGAAACGGUUCUGGCUGUGGAUGUGUUUAGCCUUCUCCUCUCUUCCUCUCCAUCUGAUGUCAGCGCCUUGCUUCAUCCCGUACAAUUCUAGCGUUUUCUCAUCAGUAUCCGCCAACGCUUAUGAUGUCUUUGCCGCAAACGAAUCGGACUUUGGGGAUGACGAGCACCGGCAAGCAAUUCUCAGGCUCCAUACGAAAGCACAAAACGGCACUCUAUACCGACUUGAGAAUUCCGCUUGUGUUACUGCGUAUACCACUGCAUUUCAGUCGACAUAUGGCAGUCUCAUUUUAGUGACAGGCAACGCCACUCCCGCCGAUCAUUUCAACCUUGUGUAUACGCAACAGGUCUUUAAAACCAAUGUAGCCGUUGUCGGUGCAAGUGGGUAUAACUGGAUAUGUGAAGACUUGGAACAUCAUCAAUAUGAGUGGCAAUUAACUCCAUGCAUCACUUCUCUACCACAAGUCCAAGCUCGAGUAGCAGAAAACAAUUGGACCGUGGGCGGGUACAAACCAGAGUACUGCCUUGUUGAGGAGCUUACUCCACAUUGCAAGCUACAGUACAGUUUGUAUUUGGUGGUCAUUGUGAUCGCAUUUAAUACUGUGAAGGCCAUAGUAUUAUGCUAUGUCGCUUUCAACUCGAAGGACUCUCCCCUUCUUACCACUGGUGAUGCAGUUUCAUCUUUCUCAAGGGCACCUGACCAAUACUCGCAAGGCAUGUGUCUAUUGUCUAUGGAAUCUGUAAGGCAAUCAGCCAAAUCCAGCAGAACCAUGACCUUCGAUACAAACCCGAGAAGAUGGCGGUCAGCUAUGUCUCGCAGGAGAUGGUCACUUGGGAUCACAUGUUCAGUACUCGACCCCAUAUCUGUCUACUAUUCAAUUGCUCUUGCAGCCUGCGUCACCCUACUUGUGCUCGGAUUAUAUCUCUCAUUCGACUCAACUGGAAUCUGGAGUGUCGGGUUAGGGCAAAUCAGCACUCAAACACUGAUCUCUUCUGGGGGAUACACGAUUUCGUCAGUGGUGGCCAAUAGCCUAGUGGCAAACUUACCCCAACUUAUUUUCUCCAUGCUAUAUUUUGCAUGCAACGGUCUUAUUACGACCAUGGCCCUAGCCCAUGAAUGGAGUCAUUAUGCAAUCCAGUGGAAAGGACUGCGUGUCUCUGCCGAGCCAAUGGGCUCACAACGAAGCACGUACUUCCUCUCUCUACCCUAUCGCUACGCCAUUCCGUUCAUUAUCUCGUCGACGCUCGUGCACUGGCUCAUCUCCGAGAGCCUUUUCCUUGUCAUGAUUGAAGCGUACACGGUGGGUAUGGAGCGAGAUCCCACCAACGAUAUCAUAACCUGUGGGUAUUCGGCAGUCGCCAUUGUUGCAACCAUUUCGGUUGGAGCUGUCGCCCUUGGUGCUCUUAUCGGAUUGAGCUUCAAACGGUUCAAGUCUGGAAUGCCGGUCACCGGGAGCUGUAGUCUGGCUCUUGCAGCCUCGUGUCAUGCCAAUACGAGUCCAGCGGACCUUUCUCAGGAAGAUGAAUCAGUGUUGCCGCUUCAAUGGGGUGAGGUGGGAGGGAAGGGACCCGUGAGACAUUGCACCUUUUCAAGUGCAGAAGUGCAAAUUCCACAGCAUGGCUGGGUUUAUCAAUAA